AUGACGGAUGCAGCGGAGCCUUCCAUUGACCGUUUCUUCAAGGAGAGCGCUUCUGCUCUGGGAAGACAGUUUUCGAUUAUUUUUCGCAACCUGCAGUCCGCACCGGAGAGUCGCCUGCGGCGUGUGAACGAAUGCCUCUCCGACCUUCUGGACCUCCUGGUUGCCCACACCAAGGAGAUAAUUGAGCUGGGCCUUCUGGACCACAUUUUUCAGCUUGUGAAUGAGACAUUUGAUGGCUCCGUCAAAAGGGGCAUACAAGCCCUCCGUGUUGUGUUCGACGCACAUCUUGGCGAUCAGCAUGAAGAACGAUCCCGUUGUGUGGCUCUUCUCAUGCGGCAGGCGGCACGAGGGAAGUGCGAGGAGGAUUGCGCUUUCAUGUUGAACGAAUUGGGUGAGGUGUUACAGGAGAAUGUCCGUUCCACCUCCGACAUGUUGGGUAGGCACCUGAACCGUGCCAUUGUUAUGAUGCGACAGGGGGCAACUGUGCAUGAGAGAGCGGUGGGAUGUCAAAUACUUGCCACAAUGGUGGAAACAAGCUCCAGUGUCAUUAAGAGAAAUCCGGCGCUUUUGGACAGUUUGAAUGCAACCUGUUCUCCACUUUUUCUACUGCGGGAGACGGUUGAAAGUUUUUCCAUGUGGCAUCGACACGCUCUUGUAGGUUUGCUUAAAAAUAUUGUUGAAAAACACUGUAUUGAAAUUUCUCCUUUUAUGGCAACACAAAUGUCUGCUGUGAUGACGGAAUUUAUGGAAAACGCAGAUGAAAAUGUGAUUAUUGUAGGUCUUUUGACAGCCAUUGAAACAGUGGCGGCAUCCCCUACGCUUCAAAGUGCACCGUGGCACUUAAAAAAGAUACAUUCGUUUUUGAUGGAGCGUGAUUGGAAUACGUAUCCAAAAGAAGUAUGUAUCAUGGUUCCACGAGCCACUGGCAAAGCCCUUCUUUUGUUUCGAGACGAUGAGGGACUUUACUACGGAAUUAUGAGGUGCUUUUUGUCGUACCUUUCGGAUUGGGAGGAAGACGUUGCGGUGGUUGCUCUUUCCACUUUAUACGACAUUCUCGGUGAAGUAAAUAUUGCGCCACACGUGGAAUUGGCUGUGGACGUGAUUGCUCAUUUUAUUGUCAAGUUUCCAUUCUACCAGCUUCCGUUUGACGCAUUGGAGCGUCUGCGAGCACAAUGUGGGGAACAGAGUGUGGCCAGAAUUUAUACGCUUUUUGACAUCAUUGGGAUUGACAUGGAGUAUACAAACCUGCAGAAGCUUAGUGCAUUGCUGCGAUUCAUGGGGGAUCGCAAACAAUCCAUUUGGGAGCGUUUUAGGCUGCUUCAGAUUGACAUUUCGCCUCAUGUUCCAGUGGAUGUGUUGGUGCGUGCUCUGCCGUUUCUGGCGACGCUUGGCCGCACGGAACAAAUAGGGGAAUUAAUUGAUUUGAUGUUUCACGAGAAUUUGAAAGUGCGGCAAGCGGCUGUUGACGCUGUUGUGAUUCUCUGCGAAAAACUUAUUUUACAAUCCAGGAGCAAUGACAAUAUCCAUCAACUGACACAGCGACUCGACAACACAGUUACAAGCGCUGUGGGGAAGCUGCUAGAUGUGGCCGUGGCAGAUCGCGAUGCGGAACUUCGCUACAACGUUUUAUGCCGUUUUUCCCCUCUGUUUGACGCAUAUCUCUCUCUUCAGGAUCAUCUGGACGCUCUCUUGAUGGCGCGGAAUGACGUUUCUAGGCGGGCGCGGGAUCGAACGCUGGUUUUAUUGUGUCGUUUGCAUCCUUGUAACCCUGCCAUUGUUCACUCCCAAUUGCUACGCCAACAAGAGUACAUGCUACGUGAAAUUGAGGCGAAGGAUGGUUCGAUGUCCGCUGCCAUUUAUCAGGCAUCGCUCCUGCAGAUGACGGCAGAACAUGACAGACUGCUGUUGCAACCCCGGACAGUAGAACUUGCUGUUUUGGCACGUUUGCAGCGAGAACCGUUUGCCUCUAAAAGUUUUUCCGUUGCUUUGUUGAAUUUGUUACGACUCAUUUUGGACCGCACCGGGCCUCAUAAUCAUUGUGAUGCCAAUCAACUUCUUCAGCCUGUGAUUCAUAUUGUCAAUGGGAGCACCUCCUCCAGACGUCGCAAGGCUGCACUGGAGACACUGUGCUCUAUUUUGACGACCAUUAGGGUAACGAAACAGUCCAGCUAUGUCGUUGUUUAUCUCGCGCUCGCACGCAUUAUUCGAUCCGAGGCGGAGGAGGAUGAAGGGGUCAAUUAUGCCGCAAUGAAGGCUCUGAGUGUAAUUGGGGCAGUGAAUCCCGUCAAGCUAAGAUUCAUCUUGAAAGCCCUAGAAGACGAUGAAAUUGAGGAGGCGGAAGAAGUGGUGACAUCUGCCUUAGCGUGCUAUAAACCACGUAUGCGUGUACAUCCACACAUGACAGAACGCUAUCCCUCUAUUGUUCUUUAUUUACUGGUGAAGACGUUGCAACAGAGCGCAGAUCCUGAGCAGCAGGCGGGAACGAUUGCCACCAUCAAUUCCAUGGUACGUGAAAUUCCUGGCAACCAAAAGGCGAUACUCCUGACGCACUUUCUUCCACAACUUCAGUCGUGGCUUGCUGAUCCGGAACGAGAUCACUUAUAUGAGGGCAUUCUUCUUCUUAUGACUGAAUUAGCCACCCUGCUACGACAAUUCAAGGACGUUAUACCAUCAAACACAGGCUCUGAGCUCCUUCACUCGGUGCGACAGUUUUGUUUGCUUCCACAGGCGUCACAAAAGCCACUUAAUGCGGGUGUCGUGGAGUUACUCGAUGAGGUGGCCCGAGGACUCUCUGCGCAAGAGAUGCGGGAUCAUCGUUGGGCGGUGGAGUUCAUUCACCAACGUUUGUCUCAGGACAAAAACGAUUUGGACUUAGUUCUUCGUGCUGUGAAGUCAUUGGAGUCGUUUUUGGCGGUUUUGCAUGAGAAGGAUCUCCAAGUGGUUCUACCGCAUGUUCUUCAAUGUAUUGAGCCAGAGGAUGCAACGCCGUCGGCCUUGCGACCAAAGGCAAAAGAUAUCAACGCGGCCUGCUUUGAUUUUUUGAACCAAAUUAUGGUGAAGCAGCCUUUGUUGGUAAAGGACUGUUGCGCUGAAAUUGUGCACACCGUCAUGUGGUACAUUGAAAAAUCUAAAAGUCAAGAUGAGAUGGAGAUGGGCUUUAACACCCUUGCCUUUCUUGUCGAGGUGGUGAAUCGUCAGGCGAAGCGGUUUAUUCUCCCCAUCCGGAGACUUGCAGAGCAAAAAGGCUUUUCAGAGGCCAUGUUCACGGACUUGCUGAACUCGGCCGCCCGGGGCUUUUUGAAAGUUCGCGUUCCGGUCACGAAACAGGAUAAACUCGACCCUGAUUUGCCCCUCAGCGUCGUGUCCCACCUGCCAGGGCUUUCGCGAAAGGACUUUGAGGAGGAGAUGAUGAACACACUCAAUCUCGGGGGCGACGAUUUUGAGGUGAUGGACGUCUCACACCCGAGCGGUCAAACAAUUAUUAACCUCCGCUUUUUUGGAGGCGACGACUCGGCAGCAAACUUCCGCUCCUUCACACGAAAGGCGCAGGAAACGCAGUCCGUCCUAAGACGUAACCUUGGUAUUUUAAAGUUGGAUCAAACGCAAUUGAAUGAGUGUAAGGUCGAUGAAGCGCUUCUGCAAAAGAUUGCGACUAUCCCAGUUGCUAACAAGAAGAAACGUGAACAAUCUUGGAUUGCCUGGCUGCAUAAAACAUCUGUGGAGAUGCUUGCCAACUCUCAGAUUCAGCCUUUGCGUUGCACAGCCGAGCUUGCCAAAUAUAACAGUGAUCUGUCACGGGAUUUGUUUUCAUUUGCGGCGGCGGCCUUUAUUGCGCAACUAGAUAAGAACCAAAGAGCACUUGUCAUGGACACCUUUACUCGUGCUUUGGAAAUGUCUCCAAAUGACAUUAAACAAAUACUGUUUGGCUUUGCGGAGUUUUUUGAAUCUGAGCGUGGGAAGAACGAAUUGGUGCUUGUGAAAAGGAUUGAGACAAUGAAUUGUGUGGUUGAGCGAGAAGACACCGAGAAGAAGUUUGGGAUUAAUUACGAUCAAAACGCCAGAGGCAUUGCGGUUACUAAAUUGGAGCCCAAUGGCCCGGGCGCCAAGGCGGGAGUGCCUGUUGGGGCUCUUUUAGUCGCCAUCAAUGGGAAGAAGGUCUCGGCUGUCAGUGAGAUUGUUUCAAACAUUAGAGGGGAGAAAAAAAUUAGUCUUACAUUAAAGUAUGAGGUUGAGGAACAACGAAAACCGGAGUCUGAACCGCUGAUGGACCUUGAAGUACUGGCGCGUGUAGCCUUUGAUUCUCAAAUGCACGCUAAAGCCAUAUUUUUGAAUGAGGUGCUGUUCGAUCAGCUCUUUAAUGGGUUGGGUGAGCAGGUUUCCGGUCGUCAGGAUGCUGCGGUCCGCUCGGCUCUGCAAGUGGCAGAACGGCUUAUUGAAUUUUACGAUCACCUGGGGUUGAAUAUGGUUGCAAAGGGUCUAGUGAAGAAAAUGUCUGCCAAGUUUUCUGGGAAAAUCAUUGCACCGGAGCAAUUUGGCUUUGACGAGGUAGGGGCAUUGGAACAGUUAAAUUGGUGGGGUGAAGCAUUAGCUCGCUAUGAGUCUAGAAUGAUGAACACGGAUGGAUCCAUUAACACAUCUUCCCUACUAGGGGUUUUGCGCUGCCUUGACGCGUUGGGUGAAGCAAUUGAAAUGGAGGUCCUUAUCAAUAGAAACUGGCACCAGCUAGACCGGGAGUCCCGAUUUGAGGUGGCCCCUCUAAAGGCGAAGGUGGCGCUUUCUUUGGGAAGGUGGCAGCAGUUUGAUGAGUUGACGGAACAAUCGGGGGUGAUGGAGCGAUUGGGGAUGGUCGAACGCUGUGCGACAUUGUUUAGGCAAAGGCAAUAUGAGGAACUUCUUGAGUUCACAAAGGAGCGCAGGGAGUCACUUUUUGAUUUAUUUUCGGAGUCCUUCAUGGAGAGUUAUAACCGGGCAUAUGACAUGUUGGUGGAAUUGCAGCAUCUGCGACAUUUUGAAGAGCUUGUGUCCUUUGUGAACUCUGGGGAGGAGCGUCAGAGGAUGCUAAAGGAAUUGUGGCAGACACGUCUGGCACACAUGUCGUCUCGUCCAGCACAAGUGAAGACCCUUAUCACAAUAAAUUCUCUUGUGCUUACUCCCGCAAUGGAUUUGACGUCGCAGGUGAUGUGCAUACGCGCUCUGUCAAAGUCUCAAUGGACAUCCUUCGCGGAUCACAUGUUGAAUUUGUUGCUUGGACCCACAGGGGACUAUCAGGCUCUAUGCCGUCAGGAUCCAGACGUUAUACACGUCUACAUGAAACACUGUUACACAACAAAGAAUAGACGUGAAACAUUACGCUUGCUUUCUGAAAUUCUCGCGAGGUUGCAGGUAUCGCCUGGGGAUGAUCGUGCGGAAGCUUGGGGUUCCUGUUGGCUUUUAUUGGGUGAAUGGACAAUGCAUCUGUUCCCUGAUAAGGGGGACGAGGCGAUUGAGCAACUGAAGAAGGCCACCGAAUUAUGCCCCAGAAACCACUUGGCAUUUCAUUCAUUGGGUAUUUUGCACUACGAUAUGUCUCGAGAUCCCAAUACGCCGGUUGAGGUUCAGACCGCACAUCAUGUGGGUUCGAUCACCGCACUCUUCAAGUCGGUGGAACUGUCCAGCAAUCAGGGCAAUGGCGUGAUGGAGGAUGUGUUGCGAAUACUUUCCAUUUGGUUUUCUCACAGUGCGCUGCUGGAAAUCAACGAAGCCAUAAAGGAAGGGAUUGACAGGGUCCCAGAUUAUGUGUGGCUGAAGGUGAUCCCGCAACUCGUGGCUCGCAUUGGAAUCACAGCAAAGGUGGCGAGGUCGAUUCUAACAGAGCUGCUUGUGCGCGUUGGAUCCAAAUAUCCACAUGCCCUUAUUUAUCCCUUGACGGUGACGGAAAAGUCUCCAGAGGCCAUCCGGCAACUGAUGGCAGAGCGUGUGCUGAAGGGCAUCCGGGUCUCGAAUGGGCCCAUGGUGGGUGAAGCAUCGUUGAUCAGCAAUGAGAUGGUGCGUAUUGCCAUUUUGUGGGCGGAGAAGUGGCACAGCCAUAUUCAGCAGGCGGCGGGAAAACAAAAUGACGUAAAUGCCAUUCUCCGCAUUUUUGGUCCGUUGUUUUGGGAGUUGGAGAAUCCAAAAACCCCUAAUGAAUGCGCCUUUGAGAAGACAUACGGUCCAACACUGCGACACGCCAAAGCGGCGUUGCAAAACAACACCCUCGAUCAGGCGUGGUCUUUACUUAAGCAGGUGUAUGUUCAGCUAAACAAAACCACAGGGGAGCGAAGACUUCUAAUGGGGGAUUUGUCCCCGACACUAGGGGGCAUCAAGGAAAGUAUUGUGGCCGUUCCCGGCUCUUUUGUACUUGGCCAGCCACUGAUCACAAUCCAAAAAUUUCAUCAAGCUGUGAUUGUCAUGCCAUCAAAACAGAAACCACGUCGUUUUGGAUUAGAUGCUUCCAACGGGCAGAAGUAUCGCUUCCUCUUGAAAGGGCAUGAGGAUUUGCGACAGGAUGAACGUGUGAUGCAGUUUAUUGAAUUUGUCAACACCAUUUUUUUUGCGGACAGUUCUUCGAGUGCCAUUGGUCUUAGCAUUCCCCAGUACGCCGUCAUUCCGCUAACAGACAAUGUCGGUAUAAUUGGCUGGGUCGAAAACACAGAGACUAUAUACCGGAUGUUAGAAACACGGCGGAAGGAACAUAGCAUUUCUAUUUACGAGGAGGUUCGCAUGAUUGUAAGGAAUGGAGCUUUGCGGAACAUUGAGGAGUACCAUCAUCAGAGCAAAGAACAACGAAAGAACCUGUUAAGCCAAGUCUUUAAUAAUACACCUGAUAAUGAGUUGAGACGCAUUAUUUGGGACAAAAAUGAUACGUGUGAGCAAUGGUUAGAGUACCGCGGAACGUAUGGUCAUACCCUAGCGAUUAUGUCGAUGGUUGGAUACGUUCUGGGACUUGGGGACCGCCAUCUGAACAAUUUGAUGCUUCAAGAAAAGGGAUCUGUUGUGCAUAUUGACUUCGGUGACUGUUUUGAAGUUGCCAUGCACCGUUCACUCUACGCGGAGGCCGUACCGUUUCGCCUGACACGUCUUCUUGUUAGCGCCCUUGGCAUUAGUGGGGUCGAUGGGGUUUAUCGCUUGACGUGCGAGCUUGUCAUGAAGAACUUGCGACGGCACUGUGAGAAUCUUCUUUCUAUUCUUGAGGCCUUUAUUUAUGACCCGCUUAUCAACUGGCGUCUUGCAAAUGUUGGCGACGGCGAACGGUCGUCCUCGCGGGCGGAAGCUCAUGUGAAGACAGGUGACAACACUCUCCUCAACCCAGGGGAGACAAACACGAAGGAGCCGCAAAUGCAAUUGUCAUACUCUGUGGCGCGGGUACGUGAAUUUGUUGCGUGUGCGACAUUAGAUCAGCUAAACGAGGAGGAAACGCGUAACAUGCAGGGUGAUCUGGCACUCGCCCGCGUUCGCGCCAAGCUGACAGGGGAAGACUUUGAUGCAAUGAAUGGGAGCUCUGUUUUGCAGAAUUCCCGUCGCGAGUUCUGCGACGAAUCCGGUGACGCCUCCUCGUGCGGCUCGCAGAGUUAUGGAGAUUCCCAGAAAGACUCAUUCGCAAUCGGUAACCCGGCGCUGACGACAUAUUUGUCUCUGCGGGCGGUGAAUGGAAGUGCCAACUGCCUGGACGUUCCACACCAAGUCGAUCGACUCAUCCAAGAGGCCACAAGCCUGGACAAUCUCGCUGAAGCCUAUAUCACCGGUUGGGCCCCAUUCUGGUAA